UCAGAACAUCAAAGAACUGAGACUUGGGGAACUCACCUGUUUUCUUUGCGUGGUCACAUGACCAGACCAGUGGGAGAAUCUCCCCUGUCUUCUGCCUGCCUUGUGGGAUCGCUACAAUGCUGUGUGUCAGUGACCUGCCUCAUUACUACAGCACGUCUCAGUACAGCCUACUGAGCAGCACUAUGGAACAGGGUUUGGGGAACCGAGCGGCUUCUACUAGUCCUUACAGCUCAGAGACCACCUCCAACGUCCCAACGCCAUCACCCUACUCCCAGCCAAACUCGACCUUCGAGGCCAUGUCUCCAGCCCCGGCCAUCCCAUCCAACACAGACUACCCUGGGCCGCACAACUUCGAGGUGACCUUCCAGCAGUCUAGCACUGCUAAGUCAGCCACCUGGACGUACUCUCCGUUGCUCAAGAAGCUGUACUGUCAGAUUGCCAAGACCUGUCCGAUUCAGAUCAAACUGGCUUCAUCACCUCCAAACGGCAGUGUCAUUCGAGCAAUGCCCAUCUAUAAGAAGGCCGAACACGUCACAGAAGUGGUCAAGCGUUGCCCUAACCAUGAACUCGGACGGGACUUCAAUGAAAGUCAGACAGCUCCUGCCAGUCACUUGAUACGAGUGGAGGGCAAUAAUUUGUGUCAGUAUGUGGACGACCCCAUGACAGGCCGACAGAGUGUUCUAGUUCCAUAUGAGUCUCCACAGGUGGGGACUGAUUUUACAACCAUUCUGUAUAAUUUCAUGUGCAACAGCAGUUGUGUUGGUGGAAUGAACCGCAGACCUAUCCUCAUCAUCAUCACACUAGAGACACGGGACGGACAGGUUCUGGGUAGGCGUUCGUUUGAGGGACGGAUUUGUGCAUGUCCUGGCCGAGACCGCAAAGCAGAUGAGGAUCAUUUCAGAGAGCAACAGGCCCUAAAUGACAGUGUGGCCAAAAAUGGAAAUGCCAAUAAACGAAAUUUCAAACAGACUCCAGCCAAUAUUGCAGGCCCUUCAAUCAACAUCAAGAAGAGGCGACAUGGAGAAGAGGAGAUGUAUUACAUACCAGUGCGUGGUCGGGAAAACUUUGACAUCCUGAUGAAGAUAAAGGACAGUUUGGAACUUGUGGAGUUUGUACCGCAACAGUUAGUGGACUCGUACAGACAACAGCAACAACAGCUCCUACAGAGACAGAGUCAUGUUGCUUCUCCGUCACACUACGGCUCACUCAAUAACAUGAAUAAGAUUCACGGGCCCAUGAGCAAACUUCCAUCAGUGAACCAGCUGGUAACACAGCAGACUCAGCAGAGCGCAGGGCCCUCUGGUGCCAUGACACAUAUGGGGACGAACAUGAUGGGCGGGCACCACAUGCAGUCUAACGGUGAUGUGAAUGGAGCUCACCCAUCACAGUCUAUAGUGUCCACAUCUCACUGUACCCCUCCCCCACCUUACAACCCUGACCCCAGCCUCGUCAGUUUCUUAACCAGCCUGGGCUGCCAAAAUUGUAUCAACUACUUCACGUCCCAGGGACUCCAGAGUGUCUACCACCUUCAGACCCUCUCUAUGGAGGAUCUUGGUGCCCUGAAGAUCCCUGAGCAGUUCCGGUUGGCGAUCUGGAGGGGCUUGCAGGACAUGAAACAGGGCCACGAUUACGGCCAGCAGCUCAUUCGCUCCAGCAGUAACAUGGCCACCAUGGCCAUCGGCCACGGAGGAGAGCUGCAGCGACAGCGCGUCAUGGAGGCAGUGCACUUCCGAGUACGUCACACCAUUACCAUCCCAAACCGCGGAGGGUCUACGGGAGGAGAGGAGUGGUCUGACUUUGGUUUUGAUAUGCCAGACUGCAGGAUACACAAGCACUCCAUUAAGGAAGAAUUUGCAGAAAGUGACCUUCACUGAAAAGAAAAGCUAAUUCCCUGUGAUGUCUUCAGUUUUUCAUGCAUUUCUAUAUCGUCCGUAUGGAUUUCUAUUGGCUUUUAAAACACUUUGUGUGUGUGUGUGUGUGUGUGUGUGUGUGUGUGUGUGUGUGUGUGUGUGUGUGUGUCUGUGUGUGUCUGUGUGUGUGUGUGUGUGAUCCUCAUAGAAGCACUUCCAUAUUUGGGGACAACCUUAUUUGAAAAGUAAAAGUAGGCUAAAUGAAUCCUGCAAAACAACUUCCACAUAAUCCUUUUGGAAUUAGUAGUGCUUCAUUGUGCUGCUAAUCACUAAGGGUUUAAAUCAUUUUGAUAAUCAUAUGUGGCCUUAUGUUAAUAUGUUAAUUAAUUAGCAAUAAAUGAUAUUUCUAGGAUUUAGGGACAUCAUAUUGUAGUUAUAAAUGGUUAAGACCAGUGAAUGAUUAAAGAACAUUUCCUUAUUUAUUUUUGGCUUGGUGUAAAUAAUAAAAGUCUUGCUUUCUUUAUAAUUAUAAUUUUUUAAUGUGGCACAAUUCAUUUGUAAUUCUUUACUGUUUUUUAAUUGGUGCUUUACAUUGGAACAUUUUUUUUUAUUUUAUUUUUUUAUCUUUUUUGAAUUCUUGUAUUAACAGUUAUGUUGUUGAGAGACACUGAGACAAAUCAAAAGGGUAGUUUUAAAUGCCUUUACAAUCAGACAUUUAAAGUUCCCCCAUUUUGUGGUAUUAACCCUGCAGGACAAGGUUUUGUUUAUCAUGCUCUACCAUUAUAAUGUCUUUUUUGUCUUGUUUUGAUUUUUAUGAUAUAUAAAUUUUGUCUCAUUUUACAAAAGCCAAGGUAUUAAUAUGUUUUUACAAAGACAUAAGAACAUUAUCUUACUUACAUUCUUUCAGGGCCAAUGCUUUACUAUAACAUCGCUUCCCUACCACUACUCAGAAAACAAAACAACAAAGGAACACAAAUAGCUGACUCACCCAAUUAUUAUGAGAUGAAUCCAACAAAACUCAUUUUCCUGAGUGUUUUGUUUAGGUGAGAAACAAUGGUAAUUUUUACAAUAUCAUAAAUUCUCUUUAUAAAGCUGAAUUUAAGGUCAUCCUCAGUGUUGAACAUUAAUAAUAUGGUGGAUUGUGUAAUCAAAGGUACAUUUGCUAUAUUUAACAAGCAAAUGCAUUUGUAAAUAACUAGUGUUAACCUUCCAAUACCUAGUUGUUCAUGAGAUAACAACACGACACUUUUCUAAUUGGAUGCGUUUAAAAGGGUCCCGGGUGUAUAUGUAAUGUUUUUUACACUUGGCAGUUAUGAUUAAAUAUCAGCAUAUACUGUAUAUCAAAGCACUUUAUGGCUUUAGGAUAUUGUAAACAAUGUUAUAUUCACAGUCAGUCAGUAUUAUGUCAUGAAAUGUCAUUUUGACAACUACAGAUUUUAGAAAUGUUUUAAGAGUUAAUAUCUUGUGUUUUCUUUAAAGAGCUGUAAUACUGUUUCUUUUUUUUAUCACCAUGUUUGAAUUAUGUAAACUGAUUUCUUUUUAAAAUAAAUACUAAA